AUGAUUCGGUAUACUGACUUUGAUAUUGACCAGUUCCGGUGUCCUAUUUUUCUCGGAUGUGUUAUCUGUGUGACUGGAUUGUCUAGCCUAGAGAGGAAGGAGGUCCAACGUCUCUCAGUGCAACAUGGGGGACAUUAUACAGGCCAGCUCAAGAUGAAUGAAUGUACACAUCUGAUUGUACAAGAGCCAAAAGGUCAGAAGUAUGAAUGUGCAAGGAAGUGGAAUGUGCAGUGCAUUUCUCUGCAAUGGUUUUUUGAUAGCAUUGAAAAGGGCUUCUGCCAGGAUGAGUCCAUGUACCGAGUGGAACAAGAACCAGAGAAGUGUGAACCUAGAAGUUCGACACCAACUGGCAAGAGCAAACGGCAUGAUUGUAGAACGCUUUCUGAUGUCAGUCACAUCUCAAAUAUCAGCGUGAGCUGUAUUAAUGAUUCUGCAUUUAACUCAGCCAUGAUAACUCGGAUAGAGACAUCUGGUGAUUAUCUGGAAAAUGUCGAUGUCAGUGGCUUCCAGGCACCCGAAGAUCUGCUUGAUGGCUGCAGGAUUUAUCUGUGUGGCUUUAUUGGCAAAAAGUUGGAUAAAUUGAGGAAGUUGGUUAACACUGGUGGUGGGGUUCGCUUUAAUCAGCUGAGCGAGGAUGUGACGCAUGUGAUAGCUGGAGAAGAGGAUGAAGAACUGAAGCAGUUUCUGCAUAAGAUGGGUCACAGACCCCAUGUCGUAACAGCAAAAUGGUUGUUAGAAUGCUUUUCUAAAGGAUGUCUUCUGCCAGAGGACCAGUUUUUGCAUGCCAGCUAUCAGCCAUUAGAGGUUUCCUUGCCAGAAAUUCAUAUAGAGAAGUCUGCUGCCUCAAAACUGAUGAACAGCACUAUGAGGAGAGAGAGUGCAAACACUGCAGCAGAGAAACAGCAAGCUGAUGAGGACUUGCUGUCCCAGUACAUGGAUGAUGAUGUUACUGCAGUUGAUGCAAGAAAAGAGAAGAGUGUUAGCUUUGGUGAAGUCACGAACAUCACCCAGAUAGAUGGUAAUCAACAAAACCUAUCUUCAUAUCCUACCAGCACCUUGACAGAGACAUCUGGCUCAGCUGAAGGUUGCCUGUUUAACAAGAAGCGGUUUCGCAUAGUUGGAUUUAUUGGAGAAGAGGAAUCACUUUUAGCAGAUUUAAUCCAAGAGCAUGCUGGAAAGCUUAUACCACCUCAGAGUAGAGCCAUUGCCGAUUAUGCUGUAGUACCCUUAUUGGGCUGCGAUGUAGAGUCAGCAGUGGGAGAUGUGGUUACAAACACAUGGCUGAUAAUGUGCAUAGACCGGCAGUGUUUGCUAGAUCCUCAGUCCAACCCUUUGUUUACUCCUGUGAUGGUUGCUGCUGGAUGUACUCCCCUAAAGGACUGUAUACUGUCCGUCAGUCAGUUUACCGGAGUGGAGAGAGAUUCACUUGUAUGCUUGGCAGAGCUUCUUGGAGCAAGGGUGCAGGAGUUCUUUGUGCGUAAAGCCAACCCCAAGAAAGGCAUGCUUGCAAGCACACACCUGGUUCUGAAGGAAGCUGAAGGUUCUAAGUAUGAAGCUGCAAAAAAAUGGUCUUUUCCAGCAAUUACCAUGCAAUGGAUUUUAGAAUCUGCCAGAACUGGAAAGAAAGCAGAUGAAAGUCGCUUUUUGGUUGAUAAUGUAUUUUUAGAUGACAAGAAUCAAAGCGUCAUUAUGAGUUUGUCACAGAAGACAGAACUUCCAAAGGUGAAUAUAGUUGCGCCAUCUAAUUCCACCACGCCAGGCCAAGCUCCAAGAAAGACUGCUGUGACUCCAUUGGAUAUUAAUCGGUUCCAGAGUAAAGCUUUCCGGUCUGUAAUAUAUGAACAGACUGGAAGGAAGCCAUCCUCUGAAACCCCUGGGAAGCAACUUCAGAAAGAGCCUUCUCUUCAGUUGGACACUCCAUCGAAAUUCCUUUGCAAAGACAAACUUUUCAAGCCGUCUUUUGAUGUUAAGGAUGCCUUGGCAGCUUUAGAAACUCCUGGAGGACCUGACCUGCGGAACCGCAAUUUGAGUACCCCACUUUCAGAGGUCAUUAGUCGCAAUAUGAAAGUAGCUCUGGCCAACAGUGCUCGGCAUGCAGCUGCAAUGACGGCCAGCCCUCCAUUGAAAUCUGAUGAACCAGAAAAGGCUGAAGAACCUAAAAUCAUGGAUGGAGUUGUGAUCUGUGUCAGUAAAAAACUUAGCAAGAAGCAAAGUGAACUGAAUGCUUUUGCAGCUUCACUUGGAGCAGAUUACAGGUGGUGUUUUGAUGAGACAGUGACCCACUUCAUUUAUCAAGGGCGACAGAAUGACUCCAACCGAGAGUACAAAGCUGCAAAAGACAGGGGUGUUCAUAUUGUUUCAGAGCACUGGCUUUUAGCGUGCAUAGAUGAACAGAGAUUGGUUCCUGAAUCUCUCUAUCCACACACAUACAACCCUAAGUUGAGCCUGGACAUCAGUGCAGUACAGGAAAGAAGACUUUCUACACGCAAGUCUCCUUCCAACAAAAAAGAAAGCAAGGCCAGUGAGAUUGAUGCUUUGCAGUUGGAUGAUGAUGCAGUCGAUGCAGAUGCCUUCACCGGUGCUACAAAAAAACAAAGUUCAGUCACUAACGGCCCAGAUACUGAACAGGAUGUGACAGGAAGUAAAAGCCUAACUCAAACUCUGGAAAUGAGGGAGAAUUUUCAGCGGCAGUUGCAAGAAAUUAUAACUGCUACGAAAAUGUCUGGAUCACUUGGACAGAGGAGCUCAUUUUCCAGGACUGGAUCAGAAAAUUCUUUUUCAACCCCUGAUAGUGCAACACGUUGUGGACGAAAUGGGCGCAGCAGAGCUUUAGAAGCUCUAAGGCAAUCCCGGCAAGCAGUGAUGGACGUCAACACAGAACCGUCACAGAAUGAGCAGAUAAUUUGGGAUGACCCCACAGCCAGAGAGGAGAGAGCCAGACUAGCCAACAACCUGCAGUGGCCUUCCAGCCCUUCACAAUACUCUGAACAGCUUAAUGGUCCUGUGAAGGGUGCUGAAAAUGAAGCUAAUCAGAUGAAGGAGUCCUUAACAGACACGCAAAUGGCUGAACUGGCUGCCUGUGAAUUUGACAUGCCAAAGCCUAAAGAAGAUCAAAAGCCUGCUGGUACAGAGGAUCCUGAAGCAUUGCCAAAAGAUGACCACUUGAUCCCCACCCCUCAGGCUCCAAGCAUUGCAUUCCCCUUGGCAAAUCCACCAGUCGCUCCACAGCCAAAGGAAAAGACUGUUGAAAAGGAGAGUGGAGACAAACCUGUACAGUGUCGAUUUCUGCUAUCUUCUUUGAAUCCCCAAGAAAGAAUUGACUAUUGUCACCUUAUUGAGGAGCUAGGUGGAGUAGUACUGGAAAAGCAGUGCUUUGAUCCAAGCUGUACCCACAUUGUCGUGGGACAGCCAAUGAGGAAUGAGAAAUAUUUAGCAUCAAUGGCAGCUGGGAAGUGGAUACUUCAUCGCUCCUAUCUGGAAGCAUGCAGAACUGUGAAACAGUUUGUGCAGGAGGAAGGCUAUGAGUGGGGAACUGCCAGCAUACUUGACGCUUUGCCUGGAAUUAACAUACAUCAAAGGAGGUUAGCAGUGGCAGCUAUGAGAUGGAGGAAGACCUUGCAGAAAAAGAGAGAGGAUGGAGAUGAUUCUGAGGGAGCCUUCAGUGGCUGGAGGGUCAUUUUAUGCCUUGAUCAAGCAAAGGAAGCAGGAUUUAGACGUCUUCUUCAGUCUGGAGGUGCAAAGGUACUGUCCGGUCAGUCAGCAUCUGUUUGCAAAGAAGCCACACACCUCUUCGCUGAUUUUAGUAAACUGAAACCUGAUGAUCUCAGAGUUAAUGUUGUAGAGGCUGUAGCACAAGGAGUGAGCUGUCUUCGACCAGAAUAUAUGGCUGAUUAUCUUAUGCAGGAUCCACCUCCAUCAAUGGAAUUGUACUACAUACCAGAGGCUUUGGCUUGUUUGCAGAAUACUACAGAAUCUGGCGCAGGAACUACUCGGAAGAGGUCAUCUGACGGAAUUACAACUGAAUCUAAACGACACAGAUUAAAAUAAAAGUUAUCAGACUGUAUUUUAACAAAUCCAUUAUUAACUUAUUAGUAUUUUCUGAAUUAUACAGUAUUUUAUAUAACAUCUGUUUUGUGUACAUGAAAAAUAUAGAUGUAUUUUGAUUUCAAAAUAAAUUUAUUAAAUUAAAUAGAGUUGG